AUGAUCCCGCGAAUCUCCAAGCGGUAUGCCAGCACUGCCAAACCAAAACCCAAACCUCGCAAAGGCACAAAGGGUGUAUAUGGCGUAACACCAGGACAUCAACACAUAUCGCCAGAAGAGCAAGCACGCAUCAUAAAGCGUCGCAUCGAGAAGGCCGAGAGAGACGAGCGUAUGGACAUAACCAUGGCACUGACUCCGGUCAAGACGCACAUGGGAGGUUUUACCCGCCCCCGUGACCUACGUGCUCUGUAUUGGUCAAAGGAUGGUCCGUACGAUGAACAGAAGAGGUCUUAUGAAACGCCCUCUCCUGCAGCUUACGUCCCUCACACCGUUUACCUGCUCGAAGCCCGCCAUUUGACCAGGCAUGGUGAAGGACGUGCUGAUUCCAUUGAGCAUGUCGUCGGCGUUUGCCGUGAAUGUGAUUUCCCAGAUGUCCUUGCCAAAUAUAACUCUGCCUCUUCUCCUGCACUUGAAACCAUGGACAACGCCCGCUGGUCCUGGGUAGCGCGAGCACAUCCAAAGCGUGUCAAGUGGUGGAAUCCUGGUGAAGAUCCCAAGGAGAUUGCGAGAGGGAUUACUGAAGACAGCAAAUACGAGGUUGAUGAUGUAGUAGCAUUCAACGGCGAGAACAAGGGGUUUGAAGCCGUUCGUAAGGGAACAUUGAUUUUGCCCAAGCUCACCACGACUGGGCAACAAGUCCGAGCCUUCCACUCAUCACCCACUCGCCCAUAUCCCUCCGAGUCUUACAACGAAGAACACAUCGUUCCCAACUUUUAUGUCAAGCACAAAAAAGAUCGCAAGCUCCAGGCGGACAAGUUGAUGAAAUCCCCUGUCACACCGUCUACCACUUCUCCAUCCGCCACUGAUACUGCCGGUCUUGAUGUCACGGUUGCUGAAGAAGCUGUCCACGAUCCGACUCGACAAACUAAAGCCGUGAAAAGACGCAAGCAUGAGGAGUCUGCACUCAUGGAACACCUCUCAGACUCCAUUCUUGGCGACGACCUUGUGGCCAGCACACGCCGCCUUGUCACCAAGAUCCCUGUCGAGCACUACGACAAGGACGGUAAUCUUGUGCACCCGAGCGGGUUUGUCGUUCCUGGCAAAGGUCACUCAAGCACUAGUGAUGCUGCACGUGCCAAAGAGUGGGCGAGAGAUCAGGACGAGGAACGUGCUGCACAGACAGCCUCGGUAGCUGAACGUGUGCUCGAAUCAGAUUUCGAUCAUGUGCAUUCCGCCAUGGCGAGUACGCGCCCGCGCUCUCAUAAGGUUCCCUUUGAAAUCAGGGAGCCUGACGGGACGGUGAAACACCCGAGUGGCUUCGUUCCUCCAACUCCCGCCAACGAGUUCAAGUAUUCUGACAGCGCCAGUCUUGAGCGGGGUCUUGCGGGUGCUAUUAGCAGACAACGCGCCCGUGAUGUGGACAACAAUAACUCCACGAUCAUGAAGGGCCGUCGUCUACACACCACUGCCGUUGUGCGCGCAAGUGAGGUAGCGCUUCCAACCUGUCUUGUGCAGCCUGUGCCUGCUCCUGAGAUCGACUCUCAACCUUCAUCAGGGCUCUCCGAAAGCGAGCCAGAUCAUGUUGACGCUAUCCGCGCCAGAUAUCUGCCAACACUUGCACAAGAGCCCUUUUUUCGACCCCUCUUGACGUUGACAGUUUCUACCAGACCCCUUGCUAACAGUCUAGUGCGCCUUUCGCGUGCCCUUCCUCGCGGCCUUCCUUUCUAUGCAUCCGUCGUACCUGAGGACCGCAAGUUUUCGGACUCUUUUUCUUCUCGCAUGCGCAACCUCCGUCUGAACCGUAUGCAGGACCUCGCAGUAGCGAUGGCACAGGAGCUGUCCGGCGCCCGCGGUGGCUUCGUAGGCAUCCGGUUUUCUCCUGACGAACGAGGACGAGGUGUGGAUGGGGAGGGUCUCGACAAGGCUUUGGACUGGAAUAAGCGUGUUAUUGGUGUCGGAAUCGGCAAUUGGUUCUCUCGUGCGCAGGAAUUGAAAGAGGGAUUCAAGAUGGACGCGGAUGAGGCCGUCGUCACUCCGUAUACCUCUGAGGGGGUGCAACUGGACAGCGGCCCGUUCAAGAUGUAUGGGCUUGACGACUGGGGCAGGCGUAUCUGCGACGUGACGGGCGAGGAGUUAGCGUACCCGUCGAAGUCUGCACGAGGGGGACAUAAGGUGGAGAGGAGGCUUGCGAUUCUGAGGAAGCUGUUGGCGAGACUGUUGGCGAAGACUAACACGUCACAUCCCUUGACCUAA